AGCUUUGUCAAAAUAUUGGAGCAGAAAGCUCAGAUGGUUAUGCGUAGUAUUGUCAACUGUGAUUUGGACGAGAAAUGGGUUUUGAGCAGACAGAUUCCGACAUUUUAUAAAGAAAUGUUUAUGUGGUUUAAGCGGUUGUGUCCCGUACCCGAACCGAAAACUGGCCAGGCAGUUAGAAAACAAAUUAUAUGGCACAAUAGAGCCAUAAUGGUAAAUAGACAAACUAUAUCAUGUAAAAAGAUGUUUGAGCAUGACAUUUUGAUUAUAGAUGAUAUAGUAGAUAGUGAAGGUGUCAUAUUAAGUUACGAGUUGCUUAUGGAAACAUAUCCCACAAUACGACUGAACCCACUUAAGUACAUGGGCUGGUGUCAAGCGAUACCAGCCCGCUGGAGGCGAAGUUUGAUAGGCAGCGCACCCCUAACGGUUCAGGAGCGCAGGGAGGACUCAAUGAUCGAAACAAAUGGGAAACAGAUGCCAUUGACAAACCUUAAAUCGAAGUUCUUUUACAACAAACUGGUGCCCUGCCGUGCUCCAACAGCGCAAGGGAGAUGGGUAGCCGAGGGAGCAGAUUUUGGUGAAGAUUGGCAUAAGGUAUAUGAAAUGGCAUAUAAGGUAACGGCUUCAACGCGUCUGCAAUCACUACAGCACAGAAUAAUUCACAGGUAUUUUCCCAAUAGAAGAUUUUUGCACACAAGACAGGUAAUAGAUGAUCCAUUCUGUGACAACUGUGGAGAAAUAGAUACCAUGCAGCAUUACUUCUUUGAAUGCUCGUAUGUGCGUAAGUUUUGGAGAGGGCUAAGUUCAAUGCUAAAUGAAAGGACGGAUGCAGCUGGCACAAUAGAAAUUACCUGCUAUAAUGCGCUCUUUGGGGGGCGGCAGUACGCAAAUAUAGUCAAUUGCAUGAUUUUGCUGGCAAAACAAUUUAUUGUAACGCAACAUUCCCACGAUACAGCUCCAAAUAUGCAAGCAUUUCGUCCUGUGCUGUCCAGGAUGUUCGAUAUGGAAAAAACGAUUGCUGUGAAGGGAUCGAAGGUUGAUGAGUUUCGAGACAGAUGGAAGUUGUUUAUAAGGCCUGGCACACUGGAACUGUUAAUCGAUUGAUCGGGGAUCAAGGUACGUGUAGAACUCUGAAAGAGUUUGGUGGUGUCACAUGAUGACUGUAAUGUGAUUUCACUAACGCUAAACAUGCCCCCGCCCCUAUGACCCAUCCGGGCCAACC